AUGGCUGAAUAUGAUCAAAAUGGCGAAGUCACCGUAAAUAAAGCCAUGCAAGAUUUUUCCUGGAAAUUUGUAUAUGAUGAUGACUAUGGAGUCGAUCUUUUCUUGGAUACUAAUCGACAGCGACUUUAUGUAACCCAAAAUAAUCGUGUCGUCGUGUUUGACACAAUAAAGUCACCUGAAAGUGGUAAUAUCAUCGUAGGAGAAAAUAGUGGCGGUCGACUUCCAUUACUUUCUCAUGCACAAUCUACAUUUGUCGAUAUCAAUCAAAAUUUGUAUGUACUAGAAAUGCAUUAUAAAGAAGCGUAUAAAUUGGAAUUAACUUUAUUCAACUUUAAUUAUCGUGUAUGGUACUGGCCAUUCUCGUCGAUGAAUGCAACAAAACUUUUACAAGGCAACGGGAAAUGUUUUCGAAUGGCAUUAGAUAAAAACUUAAAUAUGUACAUAACGGAAUUUGAUGCUCAUCGAGUCGUUAAAUGGCAUUCACCAGAAUAUACAAACUAUUCGGUUGUUGCUGGGACUACUGGUAUGCCAGGCUCACAGUCAACUCAGCUAAACUAUCCUUACGGCAGUUAUAUAGAUAAUACUAAUUUAGACAUAUACGUAGCUGAUAAAGGUAACCGACGAAUACAAAAAUGGUCAUUGAAUGCUAGAGAAGGAAUAACAGUUGUUUCAGAUGUCUACGAGCCUAAGCAAAUUUUACUUGAUUGUUAUGGAAAUUUCUUAACAAACGAUGGAUAUAGAGUUAAAUUAUACAAUUCAUUUGUAACAACCGGUCUUGAUGGUAUUUAUCCACUAACUCACCUGGAUUCGGACGUUAUUGUUUAUGAUGAAAGUAAUGAGAAUAUUUAUGGACUUGAUGUACGAAACGAUCAAAUCCUAAAACUAUCCAUUAGACGUGAAAUUCUUUUAUAUAACAAUACUGCCAACACCAGUGAAGAACAAAGACCAAUUGUCGAUUGUGGAUCACCUACAGACUCAGUUUGGGAAACAAUGGGGGAAAUCAUUCCAGGAAACAAUAGUCGUGGGUAUGGUAUAGGAAUUAGGUAA